AUGGAAGACUGCAAUAAAUAACAAAAAUUUAAUAAGCUAAAUGAGGCAUCUGAUCAAGACUUUUUAGAGUUAAAAACUGAAAAAAAACAAUUCUUAGAUCGAGAUAAUUGUAUAGUUAAAAAAAGCACUACAAUGCUAACAAGCAAAGAUGAAUCUUCUUUAAAGUCUUGCAUAAAAAAAGGAAGUCAGAAUUUUGAGAAACCAAUAUUUACGUUCAAAAAAAAGAAUGAGAAAUAAAUAAAUUGGAGCGAAGAUAAGUAGAAAAUAGCUAUCCCAAAUAUAAAAUCAAUAUACUCUAAAUAUUUAAUUAAUGGAAUAAAGCCUUAAAUACCAAAUCAAUUAGCUUACAAUAUUUAUGAAGGAAUAUUAUAAAUGGCUGAUUCUGGUUUACAAUCUUAAAUUAGAGUUUCCCUCAACUCUUAUCAUGAAAGAUCUGAUUUAAAAGUAAUACCAAAGUUAUUUCUGAAGCCAACUUGUGGGGACGUAUCUUAAAUUGACUAUUUUGUAAAAAAAAAUAUUUCAUAGGAAAUAAAAAGAGAAAUAAAUAUUAUGAAGCAAAUGUAAAUGAGUAACUAUCAACGUUUUUUUUGUGGUUGGGUUGAGGCUUCAAAAAAAGAAUAAUAAGAUGAAGUUAAUAAGAUAGCUGAGAAAUUAUAUGAGUAAAAUUAAUAUUUUGAAUUUAAAAGAGAUGGGUUGUAUAACAUUAAAUUAAUUCAUUGUGAAAACUUGUUUCAAGAAUAUGAUGAAGUAAUUGUAGACCAUGUUAACUUUAAAGUAAUUACCCAGCUUUGCUUUAUAAUUUAACUACCUUUAGAGUAUUAUCAAAGGUUUGUAGUUAUACAAGAGUGCUUAUGA